AUGGCUUCAUACACGGUUGAGCAGGAAAGGCUUGUGAAACGGGUGCUCAAACACCCGCCGAACCGCUACUAUGAGGUGCUUGAAGUGAGCAAGGAAGUGCUGGACGGUGAGCUCAAAAAGCUGUACCGCAAGCUCGCUAUUCGCCUCCACCCAGACAAGAACCCUCACCCCCAGGCUCCGGAAGCCUUCAAAGUGGUUAAUAAGGCGUGGGAGGUGCUUCUGGACCCCAGCAAGAAGCGGAUCUUUGACCAGACCGGCGCUGAUCCUGACCUGAGAGCAUCGCAAUACGCUUCGGGCGCCAGUCCGUUUGCCAGCGGCAGAAGCCCUUUCACUGGUGGCGGUGGAGUUACCGAAGAAGAUUUGUUCAACAUGUUCUUUGGUGGCGCCCCCGGCCAGACGUUUUCGUUCGGUAGCGGUGGAUUUCAAUUCCAUCAGUUUGGUGGUGGCAGCCCCUUUGGUGCUCAAAGACAACGAGAACAAGCUCGCGGGGCCCGGGCUGCGGGUGGCCAACGUCGUGGGGAGCCGCUGGUGUGGGACACGCUCAAGCAGAUCUUGCCGGUGUUCCUUUUCCUUCUUUUCCCGCUUGUGACGCUGCUUUUCGGUCUGGGUAGCGAUCUGACGCCGCAGUACAGCAUGCUGAGACUGCUGCAAUAUAGCCAUCAACGAGUGAUGCCAGAAACCAGUGAGUUCUACUAUGUUAGCGAUCUGGUCGCCAAACGACUGGCAGAACAGUUACUGAACUUUGACCGCAAGGUCGAGCAAACUUACCUCGCCGAGUUAUUUAAUAAGUGUGACCUUAUCGCCUUCCUCGACCUGGGGGCACCUUUAACUGACGAUGUCCGCCUCCAGCUUCUGGCCCAUUUGGUGGCUCAAGAUGAGCGCAACGUCGAACUCGCCGAGGACUUGGACCACUCUAAGAGCGCCAACAAGGCGUUCAAGCAGGCGCUUUCCGAGAUCGGGACGGUGGUGAUCUCGGUGGCCAUGGGGGAUUUAUCCAAGAAAGUCGAAAUCCACCCGGUGGAACUGGACCCGGAGAUCUUGAAAGUGAAAAUCACCAUCAACACCAUGAUGGACCAGUUACAGACGUUCGCUAACGAAGUCACCAAAGUGGCUACUGAAGUGGCCAACGGUGAGUUGGGGGGCCAGGCGAAAAACGAAGGCCUGGUGGGGAUCUGGCGACUGCUUACAGACAAUGUUAACAUUAUGGCGCUUAACUUGACAAACCAGGUGCGUGAGAUCGCCGACGUCACCCGAGCGGUGGCUCGAGGCGAUUUGAGUCGGAAGAUUAAUGUUCACGCCCAGGGAGAGAUUUUGCAAUUACAAAUGACGAUUAACACCAUGGUGGAUCAGUUACGGACAUUUGCCUUCGAAGUGCUGAAAGUGGCCCGUGAUGUCGGGGUGCUUGGUAUCUUAGGGGGUCAAGCGAUGAUCGAAAACGUGGAAGGUAUUUGGAAAGAGUUGACGGAUAACGUCAACGCUAUGGCUUUGAAUUUGACGACACAGGUACGGAAUAUCGCUAACGUCACUACGGCAGUGGCUAAAGGUGAUUUAUCGAAAAAGGUUACUGCUGAUUGUAAAGGGGAAAUCCUUAGUUUGAAACUGACAAUUAACCAGAUGGUGGAUCGAUUACAGAACUUCGCACUAGAGGUGACCACUCUUUCUCGAGAGGUGGGGACUCUAGGUAUUCUAGGAGGACAAGCUAAUGUCCAAGACGUGGAGGGGGCGUGGAAAGCGGUGACGGAAAACGUCAAUCUCAUGGCCACUAAUUUGACUAAUCAAGUGCGGGCCAUCGCUACAGUGACUACCGCUGUGGCUCAUGGCGAUUUGUCACAAAAGAUUGAUGUCCACGCCCAGGGUGAAAUACUUCAGUUGAAAAACACCAUCAAUAAGAUGGUGGACUCAUUGCAGUUAUUCGCUCUGGAAGUGCUGAAGGUGGCUCGUGAUGUCGGUAUUAAUGGUAAGUUGGGUAUCCAAGCCCAAGUAUCCGAUGUCGACGGGUUGUGGAAAGAAAUCACGUCUAAUGUCAAUACCAUGGCGCUGAAUUUGACGUCGCAAGUGCGUGCGUUUGCUCAGAUUACUGCCGCUGCUACCGAUGGUGACUUCACCAGAUUCAUUACUGUCGAAGCCCUGGGUGAAAUGGAUGCGCUUAAGACGAAGAUUAAUCAAAUGGUGCUCAAUUUGCGUGAAUCAAUUCAAAGAAACACUGCCGCCAGAGAAGCUGCUGAACUUGCCAACCUGGCAAAGUCGGAGUUCUUGGCUAACAUGUCCCACGAAAUUCGUACUCCUUUAAACGGUAUCAUCGGUAUGACUCAGCUUUCCCUUGACACUGAACUUACUCAGUACCAACGGGAAAUGCUCUCCAUUGUCAACAACCUUGCUAACCUGUUGUUGACGAUUAUUGAUGACAUUUUGGAUAUCUCGAAGAUUGAAGCCAACCGGAUGACGGUUGAGCAAAUAGACUUCAGCAUCAGGGGUACGGUGUUUGGUGCGCUAAAGACGUUAGCUGUCAAGGCCAUCGAAAAGAAUUUGGACUUGACUUACCACUGCGACCUGUCUUUCCCCGAUAAUUUGAUUGGUGACUCAUUCCGUCUUCGCCAGGUUAUCUUGAAUCUUGCUGGUAACGCCAUCAAAUUCACUAAGCAAGGGAAAGUGCUGGUGCUGGUGAAGAAGCUGUCGAAGCCUCAAAGAGCGCCGCCGGCUGGAGUUCCUGGAGCUCAUCACCCGGGUGGAGUUCAGGCUCAAGAAGACAAGUUGGUGCUCGAAGUAUGCGUGCUGGACACUGGUAUUGGUAUCGAGAAGGAUAAGCUUGGCCUUAUUUUCGAUACCUUCUGUCAAGCCGAUGGGCUGACCACGCGUAAGUUUGGUGGUACCGGGCUUGGGUUGCUGAUCUCCAAGCAACUUAUUCACCUUAUGGGGGGCGAGAUAUGGGUCACUUCCGAGUAUGGAAAGGGGCUGAACUUCUACUUUACCGUAACGGUGCUGCCGCUGACAAUACGUUACACGCGGCAAACGGAACAAUUACUUCCGUUCUCCAGCCAUUACGUCUUAGUCAUCUCCACCGAACACCUGCUGGAAGAACUUGAGAACAUUCGUCUUGGCAUCACUGAGCUUGGUCUCAACCCAGUGAUUGUUCGCAAUAUUGAGGAUGCAUACUUGACCGAUGACCCCGUCAAAUUCGAUAUUAUCAUCAUUGACCUGAUUGCUACGGCAAAGAAUUUGAGACUUUUACCCGAAGUGAAGUACAUUCCGUUGGUACUCUUGCACCAUCUGAUCCCUGAGCUCAAUAUGCGGGUGUGUAUUGAUUUGGGGAUCUCUCUGUACGGUAAUACUCCUUGUCUGAUUACCGAUUUGGCCCUGGCGAUUAUUCCGGCGCUUGAGCUGCGACUGAUUUCGCAAAACACCGACGAGCUGAUGAAGUACAGGGUGUUACUUGCUGAAGACAACUUGGUGAAUCAGAAGUUGGCAGUGCGUAUUUUGGAGAAGCAAGGUCACAUUGUUGAGGUGGUGGAGAACGGGUUGGAGGCCUAUGAGGCAAUCAAGAAGAAGCGCUACGAUGUCGUGUUAAUGGACGUUCAGAUGCCUGUGAUGGGAGGGUUUGAGGCAACGGAAAAGAUCAGACAAUGGGAGAAGAAAUCAAACCCCAUCGAUCUGCUCUCGUUCCGUACUCCGAUUAUUGCGUUGACCGCCCACGCUAUGUUGGGUGACAGGGAAAAGCUGUUAGCUAAGGGUAUGGACGACUAUGUGCUGAAACCGUUGAAGCCUAAGUUGUUGAUGCAAACGAUCACUAAGUGUAUCCAUAACAUCAACCAGCUCAAAGAGCUUUCGAAGCAGCUGAACCUGAACCGACUGGAGCUCUCCAAGAACUUGAAGCGGCUGAUCAAUGACAACGAUCUGUUUCUUCUGACCAUCAAUGGUGGUAAUGGCGUCCAUGUUAACGAGGAUGUGGUGAUGACGUUGACGUCACCUCGCCUGCCCCACAUUCGUAAGACGCUGCUGCAUGAACUUAUCCCCACUCCCCGUGGGAUCAUUCAACAGGACAAGGUGCUGCUGUUAGGUGCCCGUCCCAUUAACAAACGGCUGGUCACAGAAAGUGUCAUCAUGCGAGCCCAUGAUGAGGACAUGGAGGUCGAUAAUUCAGACAACCCUCCUCCUCCCGCUGAGGCCUAG